CUUUCUUUACAAGAGAAUUGCUUUGAUCGUCCAAAAAGUGAAUCCUUUACUUUUAUGCCACAAUAUGUGAGGCUUCUCAACUAAAGCAUGGAGAGGUUCCAAUCGGAGAGAGGAGUAUUCACAUCAAUGAAAUCGAGGCUAAGUACUAUAUUUAAACAGCAUAGGGAAAGGUGCACAGGAUUCAGAGGACUUGGGAGACUACUAUAAUCAGUCAGAGAAAGUCAGGGUACCAGUCCGCCAGAGGUUUUGAGUUGUUAAUCCUGUCUGCCCUCCUACCUCAAGUGACUAAUCAGGUUGUGCGGUCAUUCAGAGAACUUUCUGGAGUGAUCGCUGAGAAGGCAGGGUGAUAUUACAGAAAGCAGAGCUGAAACACGGGAAACGGAUGCAGCUCAGUUCACUAGCUCCAUCCUGCCUGCUGGCUGAAGCACCAAGAGAACUCGUAGAGGACAAGGGCUCUGAGGAGCCCCUGGAGCUGCCUGGCACCAGGGCGAUCCGCAGGGGCUUUCCUCCCGCCCUCUUCUUUGCCCUCUCCUUUCUUCUCCGGGCUUCUCCCUUUUCCAGACUGCAGCCUAGGCAGAGCCUGUGCUUGUUUGUUUGUUUGUAAACCUAGAGUAUACCAUUUCCCAGAUGAGAGACCAAGAGAGGAUCGACUGACUGUACUGGAGACAACCUGGCCCAAAAGAACGCGAGAAAGCUGGGACUCCCCGGAAGCCCGGGAAGAGAUUCGUCUCUGCCAACAGUCCGAGCAAACUUGGGCACCGGCUGCCCUGCCCUCGUGACAAGAGGACUAGGGGCUGGUUGGAACUCUCUGUGGGGAGCCACAAGUUUGACGAGCGUGAACAAAGUUGGCAGUACCUGGAUUCAUAGUGAAGUGUUGUACCCCUCCGUCUCUCCACUGUGCUGCCCAUCUCUAGCUAUUAGCCAUGGUCAAGCCCCGGGGGCUGCCCUAUGUCUGGGGCUGGAUGGCUCUCAGCAGCUGUCUCCUGACCAAAGCACAGAUAGAUUCUGAUGGCACAAUUACAAUGGAGGAACAGAUUGUCCUUGUACUGAAGGCUAAGGUGCAGUGUGAACUGAACAUCACAGCUCAGCUCCAAGAGGGAGGAGUUGCAUUCAGGCACUGUAACCCAAAUGGAACAUGGGAUUUUAUGGACAGUUUAAAUAAAACAUGGGCCAAUUAUUCAGAAUGCCUCAGCUACUUGCAACCAGAGAGCAGCACAAGAAAGCGGGAGUUCUUUGAACGUCUCUACAUCUUGUACACUGUUGGAUAUUCCAUCUCCUUCAGUUCCCUAGCUGUAGCUAUUUUCAUCAUUGGUUAUUUCCGGAGGCUGCAUUGCACCAGGAAUUAUAUCCACAUGCACUUAUUUGUUUCUUUCAUGCUGAGGGCUGCAAGCAUCUUUAUUAAGGAUAAAGUGGUCCAUGCUCGUGUGGGUGUAAAGGAACUUGAGUCCCUUAUGAUGGGUGACCCACAAAAUAUAAUGGUGGCACCGCCAGUGGACAAAUCACAAUAUGUGGGGUGCAAGAUUGCUGUAGUGAUGUUUAUUUACUUCUUGGCCACAAACUACUAUUGGAUCCUAGUGGAAGGCCUGUAUCUACACAGUCUCAUCUUUGUGGCUUUCUUUUCGGAUUCCAAAUAUCUUUGGGGCUUCACCUUGGUGGGCUGGGGAUUUCCAGCAGUGUUUGUUGUGGCCUGGACAGUGGUACGAGCAAUGGUAGCAGAUGCAAGGUGUUGGGAGCUUAGUGCUGGAGACAUCAAGUGGAUUUACCAAGCACCUAUAUUAGCAGCAAUUGGGCUGAACUUUAUUUUGUUCCUCAACACUGUGAGGGUCCUGGCCACUAAAAUUUGGGAGACCAAUGCUGUUGGGUAUGACACAAGAAAACAAUACAGAAAACUUGCAAAGUCUACUUUGGUUCUGAUCUUGGUUUUUGGGGUCCAUUACAUUGUAUUUGUGUGUCUGCCCCACACUUUCACUGGAUUAGGAUGGGAGAUCCGGAUGCACUUUGAACUCUUCUUUAACUCCUUUCAGGGUUUCUUUGUGUCAAUCAUCUAUUGUUACUGCAACGGAGAGAAUGCCACAUCAGUCCUUGCCUGGAGAACAACCAUGAUGAAACAAAAUCAGAAAUCUGAGGAUAAGUUCGAACCCAAUGAAAUCAAUUUCUCAUUGAUUGCUAUUUUUAACACAUUCCUUCUUUCUCCCUUUUUUCCCUUCUGCUGUAUUCUGAGGGAAGUAUUUUUCGUAAUUCUAGCUAAAGACUACCCCCAUAGCUUCUACUCAUAGUGGGCACUGAGUUCAUAUUAUUUCAGGUGUUUGCCUUUCUCUACCAAUAAGCAAUUUCUACUUGACUUUAUACCAACUUUUGGCAAAGAACUUCAAGUGGUCAAAUACUCUUAAAAUGAGUUUAUAAUUUUUUAUUUAUGAUUUUUAAAAAUAUAAUAAAAAUUAUUUUGCUUCAGGUCCAAGCUGAAAUCAAGAAGACAUGGACCAGAUGGAAUCUGGCUGUUGACUGGAAAAGGACAACUCCAUGUGGCAACUAUAGAUACGGCUCUGUCCUCACCAACAUGACUCAUAGUACCAGCAGCCAGUCUCAGAUGGUGGCAAGUGCCCGCCUGGUGCUGAUCUCUGGCAAAGUUUCUAGGAAUGUCAGCAAACCGCCUGAUAGCCAUGUGAAUUUACCAGGCUAUGUCAGGAGCAACUCAGAACAGGACUGUCUUCAUCAAUGGAUCCAUGAGGAACCUAAUGAAAAUGAAGAGAAGCAAGUGGAUGCUAUAUCACUGAAGGAGUGUUUGAAGCCAGGUGCAACUAUCAUAGAUCCUGAGGGAAACAAAGGUGAAACUGAAGAUGCCGUCUGAACUACAUGCUUGACAUCUGUCUGGUAUUAAUGAUAUUACUUGAUUUUACUUUGAGAGGGGAAAUUAUAGCAAUUUCCCCUUGAAUCAAAUUUGCUGACAGUUUGAUGGAAAAAUAUUAAUCCAAAGAGUUACUCACUAUUUUGAACUGGAUUUAACAUGAGGGCACGAAGUGAAAAUUAUGAGUAAAAUAAUCAUUUUGACAUUAAAUUCUCUUCAGUCUGUAAGAAUGUAGGAUGUACUUAACAUGUGUGUAGAUUUCUAUGACUGUGAUGUGAAAAGCUGUCAUUGGAUUGAUUUAGUCCCUGCCAGGAAAAGAUCACCUAAAAUAGAUGAUUUUCAAGCUCAGUCUAAAACUAAGAGAGUGCAGACCAGAUGGAAUCUGCCCAGAGCACAUUUUUGCCCCUUAAAAUUUUUGUGUCUUCUCUCAAUCCCUUUAUUAAGCUUUUACCAUUGUCCUCAUCUAAGCUAUACAACAUCUGAGCUAUAAGAGGAUAGAAAAAUAUUUUUAAAGAUCAAAGAUCUAAGAAGAUGAAGAGUAAAUGAGCAAAUGAAUUUGCUGAGCUUUGGGGAAGCAAAAAAAAUGAUGGUAAACUUUCUUUCUAGGAAUAAAGGAAAACUGUUUCAAAGUUUGUGCAGAAUAUAACUUCUUACUGCAUGAUUCUUCUGCAAGCCAGCAAGAGCCCACUUUUUUGUGCUCCACUCCAAACCAUGACAUUGGAUAGGGCUCUCGCAGUCCAUGGAAAGUUUUGGAAGCUGACACUAGAAAUGAUCAUUUGUCUUUGUACUCGGUUGUACUGCUUCAGUGGCUUUUCCUGAACCUGCUCUGUUACUGAAUAUUGUUAAAUGUCAUGUGGAGAAAUUAAAAGCUCAUUUCUCUCUC